CCGCGACGGGAAGGCGGGGCUCAGGCUGAUUGGCAGCGGCGGCGCAGGCCCAGUGUGAGUGUCCAGACCGAUGGCGGAAGAGACCCUGGGCGCCGAAUUCCCGGAGCCUCCCGGCUUGGCGCGUUGCGCUGCGCUCAUGCAGCGUUUCGCCGCACGGCUGGGUUCGCAGGGCCGACGGGUGGUGCUUGUCACAUCGGGCGGCACCAAGGUGCCGCUGGAGGCACGCACUGUGCGCUUUCUGGAUAACUUUAGCAGCGGGCGGCGCGGCGCAGUCUCGGCCGAGAGUUUCCUGAGCGCCGGCUACGGGGUGUUGUUCCUGCACCGCGCGCGCUCUGCCUUCCCCUUCGCGCACCGCUUCCCUCCGCAGACUUGGCUCGCGGCGCUUCGGCCCGUCAAGGGUGAGGCUGAGGUCCCCAGCAGCCGCUUGCUGCUCGAGGCCGAGGCCACUUCACUACCAGGCUUCGCCGCCGCCCUGCGCAGCUACCAGAAGGCCGCCGACGCCGGCAACUUCCUGUCCGUGGAGUUCGCCACCCUAACCGACUACCUGCACCUUUUGCAGGCCGCGGCCCAGGCGCUCAGGCCGCUAGGCUCCUGUGCAAUGUUUUACCUCGCUGCAGCUGUGUCAGAUUUUUAUGUGCCUGCCUCUGAAAUGCCUGAGCAUAAGAUCCACUCCUCUGGAGGCCCUUUGCAGAUAACAAUGAAGCUGGUGCCAAAAAUGCUUUCUCCUCUGGUGAAAGACUGGGCUCCCAAGGCAUUUGUAAUUUCCUUUAAGUUGGAGACAGACCCUACGGUUGUCAUUGAUCAUGCACGGAAGGCUCUGGAGACAUAUCGUCAUCAGGUUGUGGUGGCUAAUAUCCUUGAAUCUCGGAGGUCCUAUGUGGUUAUUGUAACCAAAGACUCAGAAACACAGUUGUCCCUCUCUGAUGAAGAAAUGGGAAAAGGUAUGGAAAUAGAAGAAAAGAUUGUGAGUAAUCUGCAAUCUCGACACAUAGCUUUUAUAAAUGAGGAAAACUGAGGAAAAGAGCUUGUCUACCAAAUCUGAAGUUGUGACCUGAACAGUGGCUUGAAUAAGGGUAGUACAGAGAAAUGGAAAUCAUCUUUUGCCUUCUAUAAGGAAAAGAAAAAUCUGUAGCAAGGUAAAAAGAGUGCUGGAGUAGAAAGGGAAUAUUUAAUUUCAAAACGGUUUGGUUUUUGUCAUUUAAUGGUUAUUUGAUGCACAUUAAAAAUGAAAAUGAAGGCAGACCAGUUCUGGUUUAUAAAGCUAAUCUUACCAUUUCAGGCGGGAAAAGGAAUAAAGGGGAUAUGGUUAUCAUUUUCUAAUUAAAAUAUUUUACUACCAGCUAAAUAACAAUGUCAGAAAAUAUAAUCUGAAGAUAGAGGGAAUAAAAGCCCAAAUAAAACCACAAAUUUCAAACUAUAUUUUGAUUAAAACAUAUCUGUGUGCAUAAACUUUUAACUGUGAUUUUUUUUGUUGUGUUCUUUUAGUCUCUUUAUCUCUGUACUUAAAAUUGUGUUGCUUUUAAAAUAGAAUCAGUGAGUAAUAUUUAUUAUAAUAAAGUGAGAUGAGAUACUACCUUAUACCCAUCAAAACUGGCAAAAAAUAAUAAAAAUUUUGGCAUGUGUACUGUUAAAUUGUUGAUAGAACUGUUUAUUACAGCUCUUUCCAUAUUUUCCUUGUAUUUUUUAUUUACCAUUAUCUCUAGGAAAAUGAACUCUGAGCUCAGAUGGUUGUCCACAGUCGAUAGUAUCACCCAACAAGCAUGGACUUCAAUAAUUUUUAAUGAUCUUUACUAAUUUGAUGGGUUGAUGGUGGUAUCCCAUCACAUUUCAGUUUUCAAAAUGGCUUAACUGAGAAUUGAACCUUCAAAAAAAAAAACACUUUCAUCAGGGUAUCCAUCUUAUAAACAAGGAUUUGAUUUGAUUCGUGAGUGGUCACAGUUUGGUCAGUGUGUAACAAAGACAACCCAAUUGUAAUUGACAUUUGGCAAUGUUUGUUUAGUAGAGCCAAGACAUGAGAAUUCUCCAAUUAUUGGACCUUUUAAUUUUGAAAGUACCUUUCUCCCUGCAUGGGUCCAUUUGUGAGCGCAACACCUCAAAAGCUGUUGGUGUUUUGUGUUCAGUUUUACAUCUAAUACUGCUUUUAUCCUUGUAAAGUACCUUCACAUACACUGUCAGCACAAAGCUUUUUGUGCUUCUGGGCUGUGCUGCACAGAAACUUAGCUAGUCAGGUAGGUAAAGGUCAUCUCCUUUGGCCUCACCAAGCAACUGUGACAUUAGUACCCUUGGAAUGAUACUUAAUGACUCCUUUAGUUUCAACCACUGCAUGCUAGAGUGGGUUAGGGAGGAGGAGGAGGCCCUAUUAGAAUCAUGAAAGUUUGGCUUGGGCCCUAAACUGACCUGGUGCAGAGGUUCAGGAUUACCAGACUUAAAGUUACCAGAGUAACUUUAUUACCAGAGUUAAAGCAUUUAGUAUGUAAUUUAGCUCAUAGUAGUCAAAUGCAAGUAUCUCAGGAACAUGAAAGGAUUGAGGAAACCUGAAGUCUUGCUUCACAAAUUAGGAAAUUUGAGCCUUCCAUGAGAGGGUAAUUUUAAGUGGAUUAUCUAUUCAUUAAUUAAAUUAUAAUUGCAAAGCAGUAUGAUGAAUCUUUAACAGUAGUCAUAAAUUUAACCAAUGACUUCAGAAGUAAAUAAAGUCCUUGGGCUUUGAUAAUCUCUCCAUCCCUUCCCACUUGUGAAGUGAAAAAGUUUGGGACUACUAAUGGCCUGGAAUUAUCCAGGUUACAUCUGUGCCUGAUCUAAAUUGCUCUGUGGGAUGGAAACAGAAAAGGGUUUUUAUUCAGCAGAUAUUAAUGUGAGUUGAGAGACAGUGUGUGAUGGCUUAGAGAACCAAAUUCGAGUCUUGGCAGGUCUGACACACCUGGGCUUUGAGAUUUGAAGCAAGUUCCUUUAUCUCUCUAUGCUUUGGGGAAUAUUCCGUGACUAACAGAAAAGGAGGAGGUUCACAGCCAGGGGGCUCCCUACACCAGUGAAAUCACAGAAUUUUUUUUUAAACCUUUACUUUCUACCUUAGUAUAAAUUUUAGGACAGAAGAACAGCAAGGGCUAGGCAACUGGCGUUAAGUGACUUGUCCAGGAUCACACAGCUAGGAAGUAUCUAGGGUCAUAUUUGAUCCCAAGUCCUCUGACUUUAAGCUCUGGUGCUCUAUCCACUGUGCCACUUAGCUACCCUCAGAUACAAUUUUUUAAAACAUUGAGCAACUUCCAUGUGCAAGGCUUUGUUAUCAGGUAUCACAUACUUAGGAGGAAUAAUAAUACAGGAUGCAGGGAGCCUAAAAUCUAGUAGUAGAAAAAAGAGGCUAUAUACAUAGGCCAAUAAAAGGUUUGAUACUGGAGCACAGAGGCACAAAAUGGCAUUUUCAGGAGAGGGAUGACUGGCUAGCUGAGGAUUAAUAACUAACUGACAGAUUAGUUAUAGGUUACUUAGCUGCUGUGAUAAGAGGAAAGAAAACCACAUUUUAGCUCAGCAUCCCCUUAACUAUAGACCAUCAAGUCAAUAUGAGUCAGUAUAAGUAAUUCAUCCACACACUGCUUAAAUCUUAGUUUGCUGGUGUUGCCUGUUGUUGACCUAAGAUUAGAUGACCGUUUCUGUUCACUGCUUCUUCCAAAGUAUAAUUUUAACCCAGAUUCUUAAAAAAGUGAAGGCAGGCUCUAUGUUGGCUGCUUUCCCAAAGCUUUUAUUGAGCUCUCUGAAAGGAAAAUAUUAAGAUUCUACAAACUUAAAAUGUAAAACCUUUGCCUUUGUUCAGACUAAGUUCAGUGUGAAUGCCAUCACAUCAAGAAAGCCUUCCUUGAAACUUCUGUUAUAACAGGACUUCCCUCUUGGAUUUUGCAUAGCAUUUUGCACCUCUAUUAUGCACUUUUUCUGUAAUGUUAUAUGUUAUAAUUACCUACCUGUGUCAUCUGCCUGUUAGACUCUGGUCAUAGAAUCUGAGUGUGAGUGAUCUUGGGCAAGUCACUCAACCCCUAUAUGCCUGAGUUUUCUUUUUUUUAACGGGGAUAAUACUUGUAUUACCUACCUCACAGGGUUGUUGUGAGGAAAGCCCUUUGUAAAUCUUAAAGCACUAUGUAAUUAUUAUUAUUAUGCAAAGCACUAUAUUCUCCUUUGUGGGACCAGGAAAGAGUCCCUUGGAAGAUGCCCUGAGCACACUCGGAGAUAUCCUUUCCCCCUAACUGGGAUUCAGCCAACUUGCAAGUAUUUAUAAGCAACUCCUCUGUGCCAGGUACUAUUCUAGAUCUUGGGGAUAUAAUCAUCAAAAUGAAAGCUUCAUUUCCUUAGAAAUCUUUUAUUCUAGGGGGGAAACAAUAUAUGCACAUGUAAGUAAAUAUAAAAUAUAAACCAAGUUUCUGGAGGGUGCACCAGCUGUUGUUGCUGAUCAGAAAGAAUCUGAAGGAAGCUAGGGAUUCUAAGAGGUGGAAAACAGAGAGGCGUGUAUUCCAGGCAGGGAGGGUGAGAGCCUGUGUAAAGACACCAGGUCCAGACCUCACUGGGCCAAUGGCCCUCAUUUUGGAUUUCCAAAAUUAAGGGGCCUUUGAUUCCUCCCAUUGCUUGCUCUCCCAUCCCUUCUCCAUCCUACUAGUAGAACAGAUUAUACCUUUUCACCCUAUCUCAUGCCACCUCCAAUUAGCACUUGUCACAUCUUUUAUAAGCUAACACUUCUUCCAUUUGUCUAUUUGCCUAAGCCCAGUCAUAACUAUGAAACUAACUUGAACACAUUUGCUACCUCUUUUCCCAUUUCUCCUCUACUUAGUAACUACUUUAGCAGCUCUGACCCAGCAACCUUCUGGUAAUCUUCCCAUUUGCCAAAGGAGCAAGCAAGUCCAGGAAGAGGAUUGGAUGGAGAUGCAGUUAUGCUCAGACCUCAAUCCAGACUGAAUACAAUGGUGUAGCUAUCCCUCUCUGCCUUUUCUUACUAUGCAAUUUCUUCCUAUGAACUUCUAUAAAUUCUACAUGCACCCAGGACACUGGAAGCUUCCUCUGUUAGGUUAUUCCUCCUGUAGCAUAUUUGCUUAAUGGACAAUGAUAUCCCUUGUACACAGAACCACACCAUGUCAUAGUUGGAAGGGACCUUGAUGACUCAUAACUUGAAAAAGAAUACCAUGCAAAACCUGCUUCUAGUGGGUAGCUAGCUUUUCUUGAAGACUUCCAACAAGAAGGAACUUGUUACCACUGUCCAUUCCACUUUGGGAUAGUUCUAAUUUGUUAAGGAAACAUUUUCUAUUGUCAUGCCUAAAUUUGCUAACUUUAAGUGUCUACUUAUUGCUCCUAGAUCUGACCUGUGGGAUAAAACAUAAGUCAAAUUCCUCUUAUAGAAAACAGUGCUUAAAAUACUUCAGAACAGCCAUCAUGACUGUAAUCCUUCUCUUCAAGAUAACAAGUUCCAUAUCAAGUGCCUACUGUGUGCAACUCACCAUUAUAAUUCUUCACAUCUCCUGCAGGAGAAACACAUUUUUUUUUUCUUUUUAAAAUACUUACCUUCCAUCUUAGAAUCUUAGAAUGUAUUGAUUCCAAGGCAGAAAAAUGGUAAGGACUAGGCAAUGGGGGUUAAAUGACUUACCCAAGGUCACACAGCUAGGAAAUAUCUGAGGCCAGAUUUGAACCUAGGACCUUCUGUCUCUAGGCCUAGCUCUCAAUCCACUGAAGCUACCCAGCUGCCCCCAAAAAACAAAUUUCUUGAUCUUGUUCCUCUCUCCUAUCCAUUUAACCUAAGAUCAUUCCCAUCUUGUCUCAUCUCAACUCUGUCUCCUAUUUUUUCCAUUCCAUAGCUAGGUCCCUAUCCAACACUCACAGGACAACAGAAACAAGAAAGCAGAAUAUCAAAAGUUUAAUUUGUUUUUAAGACAAUCAAAAAACCUGGGCCUUUACUGUACUGAAUAAUUGGUAUGUAAUACUCAGUGCUUAAUGGUGUUGCUGUACUUAUAACAUUCCAAAAGUACAGUCUGAAAAUGGGAGAAAUGGAUAAAACGUAUUUGAAAGGACCAGUUGGAUGUUGAAUGGUUCGUAGGAAGAUUCAAAGAACUUUGUAAAAAAAAAAAAAAAGAACUUUGUAAAUAUUUGUGGAAUGAAUGAAUGCAUUAGCUCUAUAAUGGCCUAGAAAAGUCAAUGAGGCUGAGGGUAGUACGGUUUUGAAACUCAUUAAACCUCAUGCCUCUAAAGACAAGGAGAUUAGAGUCUGCCUCUAGCUGGCUUUGGAGGCAUACUACCUAAGGACUACCUAAGGACUGUCCAAGGAACCAGUUGUCCAAAAGCAAAGAGCACCCACCUUUAUAAUGCCACAUAAACAAUACCAUUUCAAUUCCACAAGAGCUUUGCAGUGCUGAUGUGAUAGAGCUAUAUAGCUUUCCAGUAAAACAGCAGUAUUCUUGUUAUAUUACUAUACCUGUACUUAUUGUCAAUAGCUUUCCAAUGCCAUGUAGGUGAUACAUAUAUGCCUUGUCUUAUCUCAAUCUCUAAUAAAUGCUUUUGAGAUUUAAAA